AUGACGAGAGAUAGAAUGAGACAAAGCAUAAAGGGGAGAGCGCUUUGCCGAGCAUUUAGUAGUCGUUCGGCUGGGGGGGUUAUCUUUAAAGUAGUGCUUAAAUCACUACAGGAGCGAAAAAAAAGGAUAAGUAGCGAAAUUUCGUCGACUAUUUAUUUUUAUAUGUUAUGUAUUCCAUAUUUGAUCUUCUUUUUGAAGAUUUCCAUUUUAGUUUUUCUAGUCUUUUAUCGGAUAGUCCUCCCCAUAGUACAGAUGUUUUCCCUUCUAACUUGUUGCUCCUUUCUUAUCACUCUUCCCCCAGAAGUUCAAGACCCACAGGCUCUAGCUCAUUUAGAAGGGCUAAACUUCUAUCUGAGCCUUUACGAGCAGGAUCCGGAGUGGGUUGCGUUCAUUCAGCAGGAGCUGAAUCACAACACCCCUCUGGAGGACAUACCUGGGCGGCUGAGGCUCUUCCUAAUGGAAGAAAGGACAUCCAAUGUUAGGAUGGAUCUAAUUCAAGAAUUUCUAGCUCUAUACGCGAGGAACGGAGCCGUACUUCCGGUAGAACCCUACCUUUUGGAGGGGGCGCUUCGUUCCUAUCUUGACUCUAUCCGAGCAACGGAUGAUUUCUCUAUUCUCCAGGCAGCUUAUCAGGAUCUGCGGGAUCAUGAGGAAGGAUCAUUUUUCUUCCGUGAUGUGGUUUCCCACAACCGUGAUUUCCUGGAAGCGCAAAGCGCGAAAAGAACGUGGAUUGAGGUGGAACGGAAUUCGCUAUAUUCAAAGAUAGAACGAGCCCAAGCAAGGCUCGAAAGAACCGAAUUCCAACACACUCUACUGAUCUUCCAAUUAGAAGAUCGAAAGAGGGGGGGGGAAUAA